AUGCCGUCCUGGUUUGACUUUAUUCUAAGCAUCGGGACUCUACCAAGGUAUUCACAUGAACAAUGGACGCUAUCACUACGCAUGACCAUAUUGCAACUCUACUCAGUGCCGCAAGAUCGACCCGCCAUAUAUUCGUGGCCAUAUUCACUAUAA